GUACUCUCACUUAUGCAGGCGGCCCAUUAGAAAUGAACUCAUCUGAUCCUUACGGAUGUUUAGUGAAUGAGAGCAAGAUCAUUGAAAAGCAUACAGAACAAAGGCUGCAAAAUGAUCACAAGAUGGAUAAUCUCAUUCUUUUGGUCUACAUUGUGCUCUUAACACUUUCUGUCAUAACUAUAUGGGUAUUUAAACAUAGACGCUUUCGUUAUAUUCACGAGACCGGACUUUCAGUGGUGUAUGGGCUUAUCGUCGGCAUUAUACUUCGAUAUGCAAUCAAAUCUGCAGAGUUUUCAGUGGUGUCACAUGUUCUUUUUAGGAAGGCGGGUGACGCAUGUGGCCACUUACCCCCUGAAAGGUUGAUCAUCGAAUUACCAGUUCAUGAUCAGUAUGGAAAGUUAAAUUUAAGUAUGCUGUUUCGAUACAAGUUUGAACAGCAGUCGGACGUUGACUCUCUAAUAAAUGAUAAGGCUACCUUCGACCCGGAAUUUUUCUUUAAUGUUCUUCUACCUCCUAUAAUCUUCUCGGCAGGAUAUAGCAUGAAGCGCGGUCACUUUUUCAAAAAUAUCGGGGCUGUGCUUACCUAUGCAUUUGGUGGCACUUUGUUGUCAUCCCUAGUUGUUGGAACACUGUGCUAUGGAUUUACUCGUGGGAUCAGCUCAUUGUCAGCAAACUUACGUCUUUCGGAUUGUCUACUGUUUGGUGCCAUUAUAUCCGCAACCGACCCUGUAACUGUCUUGGCCAUUUUUAGUGACCUGAGGGUUGACGUCAACUUGUAUGCGCUAGUUUUUGGGGAGAGUGUGCUUAAUGAUGCUCUAGCAAUCGCCUUAGCUCAGUCUAUUGAGCAAUAUGGAACACUUUCUGCUGGCAAUUUUGACAGUUAUGCUCUUUUGUCUUCUAUACUGAAUUUUUUUGUGAUGUUCGGAGGUUCUUUUAUAAUAGGCGUUUUUGUUGGCUGCGUUACUUCACUCCUUACCAAAUUCACACACAUCAAGGAACACCCUCUCCUGGAAACAACUCUAUUUGUACUUAUGUCUUAUAGUACGUUUCUUUUCGCUGAAGCUGUUGGCCUUACAGGUAUUGUUUCUGUAUUAUUCUGUGGUGUAACACAAGCCCAUUAUACUUACAACAAUCUGUCUGAUGAAUCCAAAGUGUGGACAAAAUCCUUUUUUGAACUUCUAAAUUUCUUAUCUGAAAACUUUGUAUUUGCCUACAUUGGUGUUUCAACAUUCACUUUCCGUCAUCACUAUUGGGAUGUUCGAUUUGUACUUAUCACAUUAUUCGCAUGUGUAAUUGCACGAGCUGUCAGUGUAUAUCCAUUAACAGCUCUAAUAAACUUCUGUCGCAGUUACCAUUGUUCAUGCACUUCAAAUUGUUUAAAAGGAAGGUCUAAUUCUUAUUCUAUCGAUAAAGGUAUAAUGCCUGGAUCAUCUUUGUCAUCAAAUUCAAUAGAAUCAACUGAUGUUUCAAUCACUUCAGCUAGUGGUGGUGGUGGUGGUGAUAAUAGAAAGAGAGCUGUUAACAAAAUUACUCUGAAUUUUCAACAUAUGAUAUUUUUCUCAGGACUUCGAGGUGCUAUGGCAUUUUCAUUAGCCAUUCGUAAUACAAGUUCCGAAAUACGUCGUAUGUUUUUCUCAACGACUAUUGUGAUUGUUGUGACUACAGUGUUACUUGGAGGUUGUUUCGCUAUAUCUCUACUCCAUCGAUUAAAUAUACCUGUUGGUGUAGACUCUGGUAAUGAGAAUCAUAUGCACGCAGAUACAGACGAAAACCAAUACGAGAAUCGUGGUUGUUGUAGUUCUCGGUGGAUACGUUUUGAUAAAUUUUAUUUAAAACCACUGCUUACGCAUAGCAAACCACCAUUGACAGAAUCUUUACCAUUAUGCUGUUAUAAAUGCGCUAAAUUGCUGACAACUUAUGAACAAACAAAUGAAACAUUUGUAGAUAAUGAUGGAAAUGAAAGAACUUCUCUGGAGAAUUCUAGACAUGAUAAUAGUACAACUGUAUUUUAUUCUCAUGACAAAGCAUCAAUCAAUCCUACGCUUAAUAUACAUACGGUUAAAGUACAACCUGUUAAAUGUGACCAACUUAUUGAUCUGGAUGGUGAUCAUAAUAGUAGAAAUGAUGAUAAUAGAAGUUAUACUGAGCUUGAAAAUUCAAAAAUGUUUCAGGAUCCCUUAUAUUUCAAUGAAGUUAUGUGAUUUGUUUUCUAUUAUUUAUGCGAGCAAUAUAAUGACAAAGAAGACAAUAACAAUGACAAAAGAGAGAGAAGCAAUAAGCAACGAUAAGGAGUAGUAGUUACUCCUGAUCAGAUCAAUUAUAUCCCAUUUAUAUUAUUACUAUUAAUACUGCAUUUCUUCACUCGUGUGUAUGUGUAUGUGAAUCCAUAUGUGAAUAAAAUAGUACUCUGCAUCAUAUUUUUUCAUGUCAUUUUCUUUUGUGUUAAAUUUCCUUAUAUUAAUUAUUAAGAAAAAGAAUAACUGAUGUGAUAACUCUCCCUCUUCUUCUUCUUCUAUAAACUGGUUACAUUUUAAAUGAAAUGUAUUCAUACAUAAUAUACAUGCCAUUGGGAAAAGCAUGUACAUAGACAACAUUUGAGAGUGUCAAUGUCGCCUUUAUCCAUUUAGAUUAGAGUACAAAUUAUAGAGUAAAAUUGUGAUUCAUUUCUAAGAAUAUCAUUGCUUGUUAUGCUUCUUAUAUUUCUUUAUUUGCCUUACUGCUUUGUACAUUACAGUUCACCUGUACUCAAUCUGUGUUAGUUUAUACAUAUAUGUGUGCUUCUUAUUGACUACUAUACAUUUACAUUAUAAGAUGUAUUUCUUGUACACAUAUAAUUCCCAUGUAUCAUUCGAUUCUUUCCUUCAUUCCAAUAGAUAUUGUAUAAUACCAAAGUGUGAUAAUACUCUUAUUCCUAUUGCUUUAAUUGAUGUGUUGUUGUUUUUUUUAUCAACGAAUUACAUUAAGGUUACUGACAUUUACUUUCUUUCAUCAGGUCCAUUAUCAGUAACAUAUAUUAUUGCAGGUUCAUUAUUUUUGUAUAUUUCAUUAUUUGAAUGAAUCAGUUGUAUUGCCAUCCUUUAGCCUCACUCACUUUCUUGAUAAUUCGAACUCCUUUCAUCAUCAUUUCACAUUCAUGUUUUAUUAUUUCUGUUUUCAUUGUCUAUUAUCUGUGAAAAUAAUUUUUUCGCGUCAUCUUUAUAUGUAUAGACGCAUGCACAUAAUACAUAUCCAUAAUACGCAU